ACACACGAACCGAAAGCUCAAUCACGUUUUAAUAAUGACUCAAUGGCAGAUGCCGGAUCAUCACAGGCGACAUGUCUCUUCCAUCUGAGGACUGCUAUUGCCGGCAUUUCCAGCCCAACACCUUUGACCCGUCUCGUUGCAGCGCCUGCCUGCGGCCAGGUCAUAUGCACCUUGACACGGCACCAACCGAUGCGUCACAAGAGCGGGAGCUGGGUGAUGAUGAGCAAGUAUUGUCUGAGGUAAAUUCAAGCGCCAGCAGUGACGACAUCAGAGAUGCUUGGACCUACGAGUGGAGUCUUGGCCGCAGUCUGAGUCCUGAGUGCGAACUUGAUAUCUGUGACACUGACACACAAUCUAGCUCUGAAAAUAAUUCAGAAAGUCCACGGAGGAGCAACUCCCCAAAUUCAGAGAGGAAUUGUGUCACCCUCGGAGAUAUGACACGGAUGGACCCUUCUCCACUUCGAGGUGCUGGGAGUCCCUGGAUGGACGAGAGGAGAGGCAGGAACAGAUCCCGCAGAACUUCAGAGUCCAGAAGAGUCAGGGAACAGGAGAGUGGCUACUUCUCUCCAGAACAAAGAACUGAUGGUGAACAUCUGGCGGAGGAUGCCAACAAAAGGUCUUAUCGUUACUAUGAGAGGGGUCACCCGCUACCCAACAACUACGUUCCUGAGCCCAAAGCCUCUGUCCCAUAUAGGAACGUCAAUCUUGGUAUUCCCUCACAGAGAAGAAACGCUGAAACGUACAUGCAGGACACUUGGAGAAGUGAAUCCCCUCAGAGGUACUCAUACCACUCCAAUUUUAGAAGAGGUACUGAGUCGUUGAGGAAUUGUCCAACUCGUCAUAGCUCAAUGAGCCCAGACAGACACAAGAGAUCAGACCCCCGAAUGCGCUCCCUCCCCAGAGGUGAGACCCAAUCUCAUGGCUCUUCUAACCUUCCCUCACACGCAACCUCUCAGCGUACAUCCAGCAGGUCCAGUCCAUCACGUAGACGGGGAUCCUUUGCCUCUCGAACGGUGUCACCAUCCAGACUGACACCUUCUCACAAGCACACAGAGUCCUUCUUUUCACAAAAUGAAGGCUAUGAAGUACAGGGAGGAUGUGGCCGAGAAUCUAAAAUCCCAUCGCGAGCUUCCAACAAACAUAGUUUAGACUCUGAGAGGCUCUACAGGAAUCUGGAGUCCAUUUCCCGCCACGCCUCUUCCUCAUCAACAUUUCAACAGAACACAGAGGAGGGAUCCCAAAGAUCUCCGCAAACCAGAGAAGGGUCUCCAUCCAGAAAUGGCUCACACAGCCGCAUCUCACAGAGACAGCCAUCCUCAAGAGACAGCAGAGCGAGUGCCUCCCAUGGCUCCUGGCAGGGAUCCUCACAGUCUGUACUCAGCAUUCCCAUCUCGUGUGGUUCUUCUGCUUCGAGGCGUGGUGCAGAUCACCAGGGGCCUGGUGCAUCACCGCCACUUGUUGCCAUUACGGAAACGGACAAUUUCAGUGUGGGGAAUACCAAGAUCAGUGGUGACAGAAGCAGGAGUAGCGUGAGGAGAGGCAUGGAGGCCUUGCUCCUCUCUGAACCCAAGAGCGCUGCACAAGAGCUUGAGGAGGUGGGAAUGACAAUGGAGGACUACAUAGUACUGGCUGACAUUCCAACAAUCCACGGUGAGACAGAGGACGAUUAUCCGGGUCUGAGGAGGAGGAACCAGAGUCCAAGUCCUUGUAGAGACCAAAGGUUCCGGACGCAAAGCCAUCAACCUCAGGCCGAAUUCUACAGUUGGGAUUCUGCGUCGGAUGAGAGAGGUCGAGGAAGAGAACGAGUGAGAGACAGGAGAGAGAAGGACUCUGAGAAUGGUCGAUUAUCACAAAGAGAGUUGACAGCAUCUCUCCGUACACAGAGUUCAGACAGGCAAAGUGGGGAGCAGAGAUCUGCAAAGAUGACGGAACAAAGGCUUCCCGACGGUCCACAGACAAAGAUGCCUGCCACUUUGAAGGGGUGGAUGUCUCGACUGGAUGAAAAUGACAAGUGGAGGAAACACUGGUUUGUUCUGGAUGAUGAGUUGCUGAAAUAUUACAGAGACCCCGAGGCUGAGGAGUCAGAUGACUUGGACGGAGAGAUUGACUUAUACACAUGUGUCAAUGUGUCGGACUGGGAUGUGGAAAAAAACUUUGGCCUCCGGAUUCAAACAAAGAGGGCAGUGUUCACUCUCUCUGCAGUGACCUCUACAUUGCGGCGGAACUGGGUGACGUUACUGAAGCAGGCCAUCCAGAACAACACGCACCAAUCAGAAAGCGGCGGCGAGAAAGAGAACCCCCUCUCCCUCGGCCCGUCGUCAUGCCAACCGGUUGCUCGCUUCACCUGCUCCGGCUUUGAGCCUGCAGGUUCCAGCAGCACAGCCGAAGGCCUCCAUCUGCCAACAGACAUGGACGUGCAUGAGGAGGUGAGCUCAGACCCCCUGAGAAAAGAAGAACAGGAGGAGGGUUGGGACCGCGAUUGGGCUAAGCGGCUGGAAGAAAGGAACAAGUGGUUUGAGGACGCUGUCCCCUUCAGCGAGGUGGGCAGGCGGUGGGACUGCAUGCAGCUGAAGAGGGGGAGUGUGCCUGUGCCCGUCAUUGACACCAUGGACUCGGAGGUCAGCAGGAAGUGGACGGAAUUUGAGAGGCUGUCAUUUAAGGACAUGAGCGCGCAGUCACUCAUCGGAGUCCAGGCGUAUCAAACGAUCACGUGGCUGGCCUCUGAUUCCCGUGUUGACACCCAGACCUGUCAGUCAAGGACUGAUAAGGAUGAAGCAUUUGUCACCAGUUCACCAACUGACUGCUGGAGGAAGGCUCCCGCAACUUUAAACGGGUCACACACUGUUCAAACAAACACAGCCGAAGCCCAUACGAAGGAGGCAAGAAAGCAAAUGGAGAGCACGAAGAGAGACUACGCAGCCAUGGUGAUAAAAGUGAACAGUCCAUGUGGACCCCGGGCCCCCUGUGGGGCCCAGCUGGAGGCCAUGGAAGCAGCCCAUCGGAAAGAAGUGCAGGAGCUGCAGGAGCAACACAAGAGAGAGCUCAGCGAGUUAGAGGGACAAAGAGACAAAAUGCUGGAGGAGGAGCGUCAGGCUUCUGCUGAAGCCAUGGAGGCUCUGAGAGCAGCCCACAGAGAGGAGCUAGAGAAGGCCAGGCGGAUACCUGGCGGAGACGCACACAUGGAGGCACCUUGCAGGGGACACGUGCCGCCGGUAGACGUGUGGCACAGUGAGUUGGAUGUGUUGUCUGAGCGUUUCGCUGAGAAAUGUCUGCAGCUGAGCCUCACCCAGCAGAGCGGCCAAAGAACAGAAAAUGAUCUGGACUGCAAAGAGAGAGAGUUGCAACAGCUUUGGAGAGAGAACCAGGAGCUUAAAGUCAAGCUGGCGGAAGAGAUUAGCCGCAUGCGUUAUUUCAUCACAGGACAGCGACCUGAUGUGCGAUCCCUUGGCAACGUGGCAUCAGACGUUGAGACGCUGCUCAGAGCCAAAGAAAAUGAAGUGCACUCUCUUAAGAGGCAGGUUAGCUGCCUGCAAAGUGAAGUCCAGUCUCUAACUAAGGAGAAGGAGGCAGCCUAUGAGCGCUACAAGGAGUCUUAUGUCGAGCUCAGUGACUUGAAGUGCCGAAACAGGUUGGAGAUGGACUCUCUCAAUGAACAUUUGACAUUGGUUGAUGCCGCACGACAGGACAGAGCGAGGGAGAGCUGUGAACAAUGAAGCAAUGAAACAAGGAGAAAUCUCAGUAAAUGACAAAUAAAGCAAAUUCCACACAAAACAA